UUCCAAUUGAAGUGAUAUAAAUGGAUCAAAUUUGAAAGUAUAAUCAAUUUGUUAGUUAAUAUUUAUCAGCUACGACUUAAAACUCGGUCGAUCGGUUUGUAGCUACCGAAUGGAGUGAACUUUUAGUGUUGCUUUAGAUUCAGUUCUGUAAAAACGUAAUCAUGUAUCUACUGCUGGUUUUGUUGGCACUUCUAACCUAUAUAGCAAGUGCGAUCCUUGGUCGACGAGGAAAACCGCCCGGACCACUAGGUUUUCCUAUACUUGGAUACCUUCCUUUCAUCGACCCGAAGAAGCCAUAUUUAACACUAUCGCGAUUAGCUGAACAGUAUGGGUCCAUCUAUAGCCUCCGAAUGGGUCAAGUAAACGCUGUCGUCAUCACUGAUCCAGACCUUCUUCGAGAUACUCUCAAGCGAGAUGAGUUCACCGGGAGAGCUCCUCUUUAUAUUACACAUGGGAUCAUGGGAGGUCACGGAAUCAUCUGCGCUGAAGGUAAUCUUUGGCGCGAUCAACGGCGUCUAUCGACCGAGUGGCUACGCAAGAUGGGCAUGACUAAAUUCGGUUCGCCGCGUGCAUCGCUCGAGGCUCGCAUUGUAGCCGGUGUGAAUGAACUCUUGCAGGACUUGAAAAACGAAUCAGGGAAAGUGUUUGCCUUUGAUCCUGCACCGUUUAUACACCACAUUCUAGGAAAUCUAAUGAAUGACCUCGUGUUUGGCUUGACAUACGAGCGAAACGAUGAGAUCUGGCGGUAUCUGCAGAACCUUCAGGAAGAAGGCGUCAAACAUAUUGGAAUUUCGAUGGCGGUUAAUUUCCUGCCGUUCUUGAGACAUCUGCCCUCUAGUAAAAGAAUAAUUGAAUUCUUAUUAAACGGUAAAGCGAAGACACAUAAAAUCUACGACUCGAUUAUUGAAGAACGACGCAGAAUAUUGCUAAGGAGCACUAGAGUAGAGGUCAACGAACUAGGGAACGAUUGUAUUCUGUCAAAUUUUGUGCAGGAAACUCGACGGAGGGAAGUAUCUAACCGUCCGGAGUUAGCUUUUUGUACUGAUGUCCAACUAAGACAUCUUCUGGCAGACCUUUUCGGGGCUGGUGUUGAUACAACUUUUACUACCUUCCGGUGGUUGAUACUAUUUCUCUCUUUGAACAAAGAAGUACAACAGAAAUUGCGACGAGAGCUUUCCAGUCAGCUUCACAGUGAACCUACGUUAAAUGACAUUGAAGUUUUGCCAUAUUUGAGAGCCUGCAUAGCAGAAGCUCAAAGACUGCGGACGGUUGUACCGCUUGGGAUCCCCCAUGGAACAGUUUCGGACACAACAAUCGCUGGCUACAAGAUACCUAAACAAACAAUGGUAAUACCAAUGUUGUGGACGAUCCACAUGAACGCCAAGCUAUGGUCUGAUCCCGAACGUUUCAACCCGGAGCAUUUUCUGGACGAUUCUGGACAGUUCAAUGCACCGAAUUAUUUUAUGCCCUUUCAAACAGGAAAACGAAUGUGUUUGGGGGAUGAACUCGCUCGAAUGAUUCUGCAUCUUUAUACGGCGCGCCUUUUCUGGCAUUUCGAGCUGGAUAUCCUAGAAGAGCCUCCGGAUAUGGCGGGUGUAUGUGGUAUUACACUAACGCCUCCGCAUUACGAAAUCAUUUUCAAGGAGGAUCUUCUCAAAUAAAAAAAUGCGAUUUUCUAUAAAUAGUUUCGUUUAUUCGUAAAAUUGUCCAACCGACAAUUGUUUGUCAUCAAUAAUCAUUAUUGACUAUGUACUUAGAUUAAAAUUCAUGUUCAAU